AUGCAGGCCAUCCUCCCCGACGCCAUCACCGAGGAUGAAUUCCAUCGCCUCCUGUCCCAGUAUCCGUCCGUCGUGCAAGACUCCGGCACCGCGAAACCCGGCCAGCCGUCGCUCCAAGCACUGGACCAGCUUCGCUACGUAGACUUUCCCCAGACGUUCCAUCCCCAGCGCGGCACCACCAUGGACCAAGGCCAUGUCGAAAAACUAGUCGAAUGGAAACUCCGCCACGGGAAAUUCCGCCCGUCCCUGACGAAACUCAUCGCGUCCAACGACCCCGUCGUCACGAAAUCCACCAUUGCAGCCGCCGUGGCCGCCUACCGACAUGCCGGGACGCCGCAGGCCGUCGGGCCCGCCGUCGGGCAGCUCACCCGGCUCAAGGGCGUCGGCCCCGCCACGGCAUCGCUUCUGCUCAGCGUCCACGACCCCCGCGUCAUCUUCUUCUCCGACGAAGCGUACUGGUGGCUGUGCUGCGGGGGGCAGAGGCGCGCCAUCAGGUACAACGCCAGCGAGUAUGCCGAUUUGUGCUCGAGGGCAACGGUGCUCGCGGACAGGCUGGGCGUCGUCGAUAUGGCCCAGGUGGAAAAGGUGGCCUAUGUGCUUCUGAGGCGCUCGAAGGACCCUGGCAAGGGGGCCGUCGAGACGGCUCGUCGUGGGAAGAGGGCGGGCGAGGUGGCUGCGGGUGACGCCGCCAGGUCGGGUGAUGCAAAGGGGACAAGGGCUGGGAAGCGAAAGACUGUUGAUGCGGGGGAGGGACGCGAGGCGGGUUUGAGGAGGUCCAAGAGGCAGAAAGGGUAG